AGUGUACUUCUGCUCUUCAUUUUGCUGCUACAUAACUAUACGGUAUACUGGUUACUGAUUUUUUUUAGUUUCUAAAACCGCUAACCGCAAUUGGACGCUUUUCUCAUUGGUCAAAAAAAACAAAAAAAUAAACAUCUUAAUUAAUUCACAGCGUAUUUCACACGGCACUAAUAAACUUUAUUUCGCCGUGAGUAGAUAGUGAUUCAGCAAAAUAACUGAUAAUAAAUAAGUUAUUGCGUCGAAGAGUCUGUAAUUGAACGUUCGAGAAUUAAAACUAAAAACCGGUAAUCGACAUUUUAAAAUGGUCAAAGCAGUCUGCGUAUUACAGGGCGAAGUUGCCGGAACCCUUUGGUUCGAACAAGACAGCGGCUCAAAUCCCGUCAAGGUCACUGGAGAAGUAACUGGACUCAAGCCCGGUCUCCAUGGUUUCCAUAUCCACGAGUUUGGGGACAAUACCAAUGGAUGUACCAGUGCUGGACCGCACUUCAAUCCGCUAGGAAAGGAACAUGGUGGUCCUGAGGACAGCUCCAGACACGUUGGAGAUCUUGGUAAUGUCCAAGCUGGUGCAGAUGGUGUUGCCAAGGUCAACAUCACUGAUAAAAUGAUCGCUCUUCAAGGAGAUCAUAAUAUCAUUGGCAGAACUCUUGUGGUUCAUGCUGACCCUGAUGACUUGGGCAAAGGUGGUCACGAGUUGUCAAAAACAACUGGCAACGCAGGAGCUCGUUUGGCUUGCGGAGUAAUUGGAGUUACUAAAUAAGAGGAAUAUAUAAUUCUUUAAAAAAUAAAUAUGACCAAAAUUUAUGUGUAAUCAGACAUAACUCAUUAAAAAUAUAUUUAAAUGAGUGUAAUAAAAAAUUGUAAUUAUCAUUCCUGUUUAAAUAAAAACCAAUUACUCGUA